GGCCCACCGCUGCAGGGGAGAGAGGGAUGGACAGUAGGCUGCGGUUGCGCGCGCCGGACGUGGGCCCCCCCAGCCGACCUGCGCGAUGGUCGGCUCCGAGGGCGGGGCCACCUGUGCGCGACGCGCGGAAGGAGUUCGCGCGACGACUUCGGGGUCGGCGGGCGGGGCGAGGGCCUGGACGGCGGCGGCAGCGGCGCUCUUCCUUCUCCUUUCCAGACCCAUAGCCGCGCCGGCACCAUGUCAGCUUACCCUAAAAGCUACAAUCCGUUCGACGACGACGGGGAGGACGAAGGCGCCCGGCCAGCCCCUUGGAGGGACGCCCGAGACCUCCCCGACGGGCCCGACGCGCCCGCAGACAGGCAGCAGUACUUGCGGCAGGAGGUCCUCCGCAGGGCUGAGGCCACGGCCGCUAGCACCAGCAGGUCCCUGGCCCUCAUGUACGAGUCCGAGAAGGUUGGGGUCGCCUCUUCCGAGGAGCUCGCCCGUCAGCGAGGAGUCCUGGAGCGCACAGAGAAGAUGGUGGACAAGAUGGGCCAAGAUUUGAAGACCAGCCAGAAACACAUCAAUAGCAUUAAGAGUGUGUUUGGGGGGCUCGUCAAUUACUUCAAAUCCAAACCAGUAGAGACCCCACCUGAACAGAAUGGCACCCUCGCCUCCCAGCCCAACAGCAGAUUGAAAGAAGCCAUAAGUACAAGUAAAGAACAGGAAGCAAAGUACCAGGCCAGCCACCCAAACCUUAGAAAGCUGGAUGAUACAGACCCUGUCCCCAGAGGGGCUGGUUCUGCCAUGAGUACCGAUGCUUACCCAAAGAACCCACACCUUCGAGCCUAUCACCAGAAGAUAGACAGCAACCUAGAUGAGCUGUCCAUGGGACUGGGCCGUCUGAAGGACAUAGCCCUGGGGAUGCAGACAGAAAUUGAGGAGCAAGAUGACAUUCUUGACCGGCUGACAACCAAAGUAGACAAGUUAGAUGUCAACAUAAAAAGCACAGAAAGAAAAGUUCGACAACUCUGAAGACAGACGGAUUUCCACUCUAUUGUGAUGAAAAGAUUUGAAAGAUCUUUUUUUGAACUUCCAAGAAAUUUCAUUUACUAUUUUAGUAUGUAAAUUAAUGUGUGUUUGCAAAUGUUAUAAUAGAGUAGGUCUUAAGACAUUUUUGCUGUCAUAAGGAAGUGUUUGUCACACAUUUUCCUAGGGUUAACACCUCACCAAGUUCUUCCAACAAAAUGCUUAUUAGAGUUUUUGUCUGAGCACAGUAGCCUGGCCCUGCAUAUCUUGGGCAUUUGAUUGCCAUGCUGGAAUAAGAAGAGUUGCAUUUCUCAUUUUAAUGAGCAUAUGGAAAGAUGGGGGCAGAAUUUCAGUCUGGCAGCCAUGAGCCUCUAUUUGUCAUUCCUAAGCCUUACCAUGAGUCAGAGUGUUAAGGGGGCCUGUGAGCCAGUCGUUUGGUGGAGGAGGGUCCUUCCCACACCUUUGUUUAGGAGUCAUCAUUCACACACAUACACACACACACAUUCACACACACACACUGAGCACAUUAUCUGUGAUUCUUUCAUCCUCCCGGAAAGCAUCAGUGUUAGAAUGGGAAAUAGAGUGUGCCGUGUUGCUCUUUCGUUGGCAGAUGUCCCCGCUUCCCUCCAGCCCCCGAUCCUUGGCACGUAUAUUAGUAGGAGGGCUUCACACCAGCACUGCUCACUGCAACUCCUGGAAAUGUGUGGGGAAUUGGGUGAGCCCCUCUUCCCCACGUGCUCUCAUCUGGAACUCUCCAUCUGUGAUUGGCAACAGGUCUUCCACUGGCUCGAGGCUGCCGGGCUGACCGACAGGGGCGCCCAAUAGAGUUUGUGGGAAUGGAGUAUUGCACAGAUGUGGCUACACAAUGGUCUUCCUCCACCCCUCUGGGAAUCACCAUUAGGUAGGCCUCAGUAGGGCAAAAUGUUUAUUUGGUGCCUGGGGUCUCCUGACCUGUCUAGCAUUCCCACCCACUCUUCUGCACUUCUUGCAAGGUAACUUGAAUCAUCACUUAUUUCUCUGCCACCUGGUUUUAGGACUGGAACGCUAUAAAUGAUGCUGACUUUGUAUAGAAGGAUUUAGCUAAGGGGGCAAAAAGCCCAGAUACCAUUUUAACUGGCCCAGCUCAUUUUCUCCUUUCAUUUUACAAAAGAAAUGAUGUAGAAGCAUCAAUUAAAACUGAUUUAUUUAUGUUGGUACAUCCAACAAAAUAGUUGGAGCCACAAGGCCCUUGUCUUUUUAAAAAACAAAAUAUUUUGAAGAUGGUGAAAGUGACUGAUUUUAAUAAUGAGAUAGGUCACUUAAAAUAACAGUGCCUUUGACCUUAAAACAUGGCACUGGCCCAUGUGACCUUUGCCAUUUCCCAGUACUUCCCUUUACAGUCUGCAGCCUAUAAACAGUGGUGUCUCAAAGCAAAGGAAACUUCCACAAGUGCGACAACAGUGCAUUAGUUUUUAUGUAGCAAUUUGUUCCCAUCCCAUAAUGCAUGACCUUCCUUUUUUUUUUUUUUUUUUUUUUUUUUGAGACGGAGUCUCGCUCUGUCGCCCAGGCUGGAGUGCAGUGGCACAAUCUCGGCUCACUGCAAGCUCCGCCUCCCGGGUUCACGCCAUUCUCCUGCCUCAGCCUCUCCGAGUAGCUGGGACUACAGGCGCCCGCCACCACGCCCGGCUAAUUUUUUUGUAUUUUUUAGUAGAGACGGGGUUUCACCGUGGUCUCAAUCUCCUGACCUCGUGAUCCACCCGCCUCAGCCUCCCAAAGUGCUGGGAUUACAAGCGUGAGCCACUGCGCCCGGCCAAUGCAUGACCUUCCUAAAAAUACCCACAGCUUCCAUAGGCAAGCCGAGCUUUCUGUGCUACCCACUGGUUAGAUUCCAGCCACCUCAGGGAUUCUGAUCCAUGUCAUUAACGACCAUCCCAGGGUGUGAGGGCCUGAUUAAAGCUUAUCAAACUAGACAUUUAUUUAUUAGAUGAGCUUGGCAUUAUUAUUUUCUCAAUAACUGGUAGAAGGGAAAUUUUAAACAUAACACUCAACCCAAACAAAACUACUUCGUGAGGCUUUCAGCAAAAAGGCUGCUUAAAAGCAUGAACCCGGGAUGCAGAGCAGCUUUUGUGCACAGUUCCACUUACUGUAAUUGUUUCCGGUUCUUUCCUCUAACACCUUCCAUGUAUGUCAUAACUUUUUAUCACCGUCAAGCAUAGACUCGUGGAGAUUAGUCAUUAUACCUCAGACGUAAGCUAAUUAUUUGAAAUAAAUACACAUAAAGGCCACUGCCAGACAUUCUCAGCAGCCUUCCACUUGCAUAAUGAGAUUAGUGAUUCAACUGACUUGAAGCACAGUAACAUUUUAUGCACCUUCCCUGUCUUUUGCUGGACUGAUGAAGCCAGUCACCUGCCCUUCUCUGUUUUUUUUUUUUUUUUUUAAUCCCAAGUAUAUGGAAGGAGAGUUGCCUUCACUUUUCUGGAAAUUUGUCUUCGUCUGACAUAUUAGAGGGCCUCGUUUUGUCCUGUUCUUGUUCAGACCCUCUUGUUCUACGUCCUGUGCUGAGGGGACUGUCCUUAAGCUACAGGACAGUGAGCUGGUCCUUUCUGCCACUUCUUCCCCACUCCCAUGCCCAGGGAGGCCUGGUUGCUGAUGCUACUUUAUAAAUGAGUUGCUUGCAUUUUCACAGAGAAUGAAGGAAGACCUAACAUGGCUCCAGAAACUUUUCACAUGAUGAUUGGGAUCAACAAAAAAAUGCUACCCUCUAGACUAGACACAUUUCAUAGAGACAAGCAAAAAGGUGCCAGGGCUGGGCUGACUGUGAGAUGGGAUUUGGUACUGCAGACAGAUUUUGAUUUCCACAGUUGAGCUGGAAACAAACCGUGCCUUCAAAAAUGACUUUUCUAACUUAAGGUUGGUUAUAUGUUAAGUGUGCUACUAACUUAAAAAAUAGUGGCUGGGCACGGUGGCUCAUGCCUGUAAUCCUAGCACUUUGGGAGGCCGAGGCGGGUGGAUCACGAGGUCAGGAGAUCGAGACCAUCCUGGCUAACAGGGUGAAACCCCGUCUCUACUAAAAACACACAAAAAAUUAGCUGGGCGUGGUGGCGGGCACCUGUAGUCCCAGCUGCUCGGGAGGCUGAAGCAGGAGAAUGGCAUGAACCCCGGAGGUGGAGCUUGCGGUCAGCCAAGAUAGCGCCAUUGCACUCCAGCCUGGGUGACAGAGCGAGACUCCACCUCAAAAAUAAAUAAAUAAAUAAAAAUGGUACACUCUCUGGCCGGGCACAGUGGCUCACGCCUGUAAUCUCAGCACUUUGGAAGGCUGAGGCGGGCAGAUCACGACGUCAGAAGAUCGAGACCAUCUGGCUAACACAGUGAAACCCCAUCUCUACUAAAAAUAUAAAAAAUUAGUCGGGUGUGGUGGUGGGCACCUAUAGUCCCAGCUACUUGGGAGGCUGAGGCAGGAGAAUGGCGUGAACUCAGGAGGUGGAGCUUGCAGUGAGCUGAGGCGACAGAGCAAGACUCCAUCUCAAAAAAUAAAAAAUAGUGCACUGUCCUUCAAGAAAGUUUUCUAACAUCUAGUAAUUUGUAAUUUAGAAGUGGAGUUGCCUUGUGGAUGUCUUUUUUGCAUUCUGUAGGAAAGGAAACGUGAAUUUAACUCGGAUUGCAAGAAAUAAAAAUGUCAGUGCAUUUAAAUUUCUCUUUAACCUCUUUUUGUGAAUAUGUAAUUUUAAGUGUACACUAUACCAAUUUAGUAAUAAUCUUAUACUUUGCCCACAUGGGCCUUUUCUGCAGUUUGUUUUUGUUUUUUUUUUUUUGAGAUAGAGUCUCACUCUGUCACCCAGCCUGGAGCGCAAUGGCACAAUCUCGGCUCACUGCAACCUCCGCCUCCCAGGUUCAAGCAAUUCUCCUGCCUCAGUCUCUUGAGUAGCUGGGGUUACAGGUGUGUGCCACCAUGCCCGGCUAAUUUUUUUUAUUUUUUAAUACAGACAGGGUUUCAUUGUGCUGGCCAGGCUGGUCUCCAACUCCUGACCUUGUGAUCUGCCCGCCUCAGCCUCCCAAAGUGCUGGGAUUACAGGUGAUCUGUAGAAUUUUAAAGUUACAAAUGUUGUUCAGCAUCUUUGGCUCUGGUGAAUGCAGUGUCAGUACAAAAUGAUGAGCUAGAGCCGGGGCAUGGUGGCUUAUGCCAAUAAUCCCAGUGCUUUGGGAGGCUGAGGCAGGAGAAUCUCCUGAGGCCAGGAGUUUGAGACCAGUCUGGACAACAUAGUGAGACCCCAUCUCUACAAAAAAUUUUAAAAAAUAGCUGGGCCUCUAGUCCAAGCUACUUUGGAGGCUAAGGUGGGAGAAUUGCUUGAGCUCAGGAAUUCGAGGCUGCAGUGAGCUAUGAUCAUGCCACUGCGCUCCAGCCUGGGCAACAGAGGGAGACCCUGUCUCUAAAAAGUAAUAAACAAAAUGAUGAGCUAAGUUCGAGACCAGCCUGGCCAACACAGUGAAACGCUGUCUCUAUUAAAAAUACAAAAAUUAGUAAGGCAUGGUGGCAUGUGCCUAUAGUCCCAGCUACUCAGGAGACUGAGGCACGAGAAUCACUUGAACCCAGGAGGCAGAGGUUGCAUUGAGCCGAGACCGCACCACUGCACUCCAGCCUGGGUGACAGAGCGAAAUUCCAUAUUAAAAAAAAAAUUGAUGAGCUAGUCAUUAAAAGUGCUCAUUAUGGCCAGGCACGGUGACUCACACCUGUAAUCCCAGCACUUUGGGAGGCCGAGGCGGGUGGAUCAUGAGGUCAGGAGAUCGAGACCAUCCUGGCUAACACGGUGAAACCCUGUCUCUACUAAAAAUACAAAAAAAAAAUCGGCCGGGCGUGGUGGCGGGCUCCUGUAGUCCCAGCUACUCGGGAGGCUGAGGCAGGAGAAUGGCGUGAACCCGGGAGGUGGAGCUUGCAGUGAGCUGAGAUUGCGCCAUUGCACUCCAGCCUGGGCUACAGAGCGAGACUCCGUCUCAAAAAAAAAAAAAAAAAAAAAAAGGAAAAAAUAAGUGCUCAUUAUGUGGGGAUGGGAUGGGCUCUUUAGUUCGAAGUCUGUUUCUGAACAGCACUUUUCCUCCAUGCCUUCAACUCAACAAAUGACCAUAUUCCAUCAAAUAAAAUGUGAAGUUGUUUUUUAAACAAA